AUGCUUUGCGCUGGCGGAUUGGCGGGCAUCGCGGGGUGGGUAGCGACAUUUCCGUUUGAUGUGGUGAAGACUCGCGUGCAGAGCACGCAUAGCACCGCGUAUGAUAAUCCCUAUAGGACGACAUGGUCGACUAUCGCUGCGUCCUAUCGCGCAGGGGGUCUUGCUGUGUUUUUCCGUGGGCUGGCGCCGACACUCAUUCGAGCCAUCCCGGUGAACAUGGUCACAUUCACAACGUUCGAAGCGAUCGUGCACACCCUGUCGUAA